AUGGGCUUUGUUAAACGAGUUUUUUCACGAUCUGAAGUGGCACGUCCCGCAUCCCAUCCGCGUACAGAGCCCCCAGAUGGCAUAGAGGCUGAGCCACCCCGCCUUGAAGAUCUGCCACCAAGGCAAGAUGCCGAAGGGUUAGUAGAUACGGGGCAGAUGCAGGACAGGCCAACACAGAAAGAGGAAAAGCUUGCUUUGGAAUUAAGCCGGAAAGAGGAAGAGAUCAACCAAAUCAAGCAGGACCGUGCAGUGUCACGGGAAAACAUUCAGGCUCAUAUCAACGACAUGGAGCAGUACUAUGUUCGGGAAUUACACAAACGCGACGGGAUUAUCAGAGAAAUGAAAAUUAGUCACGCCAAUCUGAGGAAGGCGCAUGAAGAGCUUGGGUCCCUAGUUGUUGGGGCACAGGAAAGUGCCCUUGAAUCGAUGUUGAAAAAGUCCGACUGGUCUCCCAAAGAGGAUCCCCAAGUACACGAGGAGUUUGAUAAGUUGCAAGCGGGGCUACGGACGUGGACAAAAUCCCAUAACAACCUAAUUCUGGCAGAUUUAGACAAAGUUCCAGACACAGGGAAAGAGAUGAUUAUGAAGCAAUUGGGUGGAUACUGCAAUCAGACUGAUUGGCAGACAUUAAUUACGAAAAUGCCAAUCCGUUCAAACAGGAUUCCGGCGAUACUUCUCCAAUCGUUGUUGGCCAGGGAUAUCUUUGAAUGGGUGUUCACUAAUCCAUUCUUUGCUUUUGUGGAGAUGGGAGGGGAUCGCGCUUUGGUAAAGCCAAAUGAAUGGAUGAGCCUUUAUAUGGCAUUGAGAGAAGUUCAUGAGGCGGAAGCUCAUGUCUGGCGCUCGCAAACCCUUCGAAUUCUGUCCGCAGUGACAAAUCCGAACACCGAAUCUCGACUUGCUAGGUGCAUUCGUCUGGCGGUAGAUCAAAGAGCAACCAGUUUUCUCGCCAGCCCAGCCGCACAACUGCUCCAGCACGGCCCUAAUCUCGAAAUCAAAGACCAGUGCAGACGGAAUCUACAGGAGUUGUAUCAUGGGGCGGCAGAGUUGGCGUUAUCAUUGUGGGCGCAACGGACAUAUAUGAAGCCCUGCAGUCAGCAAAAUUUACCUGAAUUCCACUUAUCCAACCCACAACUGUCUGCACAUCGCCUGCACCACCUUGACGAGGACGACACACGACUGGAUGGGAAACCCAUACUUUUGUUCGUUCAGCCGGCUGUUCUGGCAUAUGGUAACGAGGACGCUGAAAACUAUGACUGUUCCAAAGUAUGGGCCCGAGCGACAGUUAUCAUCGAUGCGGGAUCCUAG